UCAACUUCAAUAAAUAGAAGAAUAAUCAGCAGUAGAAGGCGUCUACGCAUGCGCUGUUACGCAUAACGCCUGUUCAACACCGAAAGAGAACUGAAAAUUUGAAGGAAAACCAGAAGGACGACUCGGGAAGUUUUGCAAGCGGCAGAAACCUUAAAACCUUCUUACUCUUCUUUUACUUCAUUUCGGAAUCGGUAUAGAAAGUACGUCUUUGUUUCGAAUGUUUCUACUUUAAGGGGUCAAUUGCAUAUUAUACAUUCUGUUACAUUGUCUUGGGUGAAGUGAUGUAACCUAGAUGUGCAUUUGAUCGGUUGAACUUCGACUUAUGGGUGUUAUGUUUGAAAGCUUUUUAUCUGUUCAUCGCUAGGUUAUGAUGUUUUGGGUGUUGUAUUAGUUGAAUUUUGUAUGAUUUAUUGGUUGGUUAAUGGGCCAUUUUCAGAUGACGUUUGAAGUAGAAAUGCUGUGUUAUUAGACAAUUUUGCUACUAAUUUAAUAGGUUUUGAUGAAGAAAACUAUCAGUUUGGUACCUUGUUUUUCAGAUUAUUCUGAAGCCUUGGCCUAUAAUUUAUCAAGACAAGAUGGAAGCUGACGAACUAUAUCUUGAUCUCCUAGCACUGAGGCAACUGUACUUCUUUCUCUUAAAAUGCUGUUUGCGGGAUGCAAACUCAGAACUUGUGGUGGGUGCAAGGGCAAAGAUUUUAUUGAAGCAUUUGCUCGAUGAUGCCACUACUGGACUUCUCGAGUUUCACUCGAAGACUCUGCCAUUUUACAACUUUCUAUGCAAAGAUGAUAAACAGACUAAGCCACUGGACGAGAAAGUUGCUGAAUGGAUGGAACAUGAUCAAACUGCAAGAAGGAUGCAAAAUCCAGAGAAGAUUGAACACAAACCAGGAAGGGACAGAGCUUCACCGUCAAAUGUUGCCGCUAAUGACUUAUCAAGUGGCAUCAGUUCAGCACUAAGAAGAAUUGAACUCCACAUUCUAUCCCUGCAACGUUAUACAAGAAGCCACAUCAGCGAAACUAAAUUAGCUUACUAUGGGCAGUCUGUUCACAAAGGGAAUAAGUCAUUCAACCAGCAAAAAGUUAAGCCGAUGGUGGCAAACAAUUGUUCCAAGUUCGUGCAUGGAUUCAGAAUGCCUCUGACUCAAGUCAAGGACGAGGCCAUGAAACAGCAAGAACUUGUGAUUCCACCGACUCCGAUGGAUAAAUCAGGAUGUUCAGAAGGAUCCAAGGCAACUGCCAGGCGCGCUAUGAAACUGAAUCGAACUUGGAUACAAGAAAAGAGGAGCAAGAAUUCUCGUGGUCGUAUUGUAAUGAAGCCAACUUUGUGGCAUCAUCCCUCUAGAGAAGUAAGAAAGGAACAGACUCAUUACAGAACACAUCUGGCGGCUCAGCAAGAAUCAGAACUUACAAACUCAGAAUCAGCUUCUUGUUCUAGUCCGGCAACUCUACAAACCAGUGAAAGUGAAACCACUGAUGAUUCUUCUUCACCAGAUAACCAAUCCAGUCCACCGACAACUGGUUCAGAGGCAAGUAACCAGUACGAAAACAGCAGUAGCAACAUUUCAAGGAAAGCAUUCAAGUUCAGCCAUGGGAAGAAAGAGUCCAAGAGAGCAGAAGGACGGUUAAAGAGUUUAAGAAACAAACUGGGCCUUAUCUUCCACCACCACCAACACCACCAUCACCAUCACCAUAACGGUCAUAACUCCAUGUGGAAGCAAGUAAGAACGAUGUUCCAUCGUACAGAUAAGAAAGAGCUAACAAGUAAAGAAGAGAGUAAUGAGAAGCUAAGGAAAACAACAAUCAGAAGUGAGCCUCGCAAGAACCAAGUUCGUAGGUUUCAAGCACUUGCUAAAGGGCUUCGAAGCCAUGUAUGGAAAUCGAAAGCCAUGAAGAAGAAAGAGCAAAGAGGGCUAAACUGUGGGAAGAAGCUGCAUUGGUGGAAAAUGAUUCGACGCCGCCGUGGAGAGAAGUUCCACAAUAAAGGACGUGUGAAAAUAGGGUAUGUAAACAGAAAAUCACAUGUGAAGUUAAUUUAAUUUUUGUGGGACAUUUUUAA